ACAAAAGCAAACAUGCAAGUAAUCUUCAAAGGCUGUUACUCCGUGAGGCCAAUGGAACCAACAUGGUGUGGUCGCAUACCUUUAUCAGAGUGGGAUCAAAUAGGAAUCAUAACUCACGUGCCAACAAUAUACUUCUACCGUCCCUCACAAAACUGGCUUUCGCAAGAGUCUACAAUAGUUACCACCUUGAAAGACUCGCUAAGCCGAGUCCUAGUGCCGUUUUAUCCAUUAGCUGGUCGUUUACAAUGGAUAGGAAAUGGUCGUUUAGAGCUUGAGUGCAAUGAGUUAGGUGUUCGGUUCAUCGAAGCUGAGUCCUUAUCAAGUUUAGAUGAUCUUGGUGACUUUUCACCCUCUUCGGAGUACCGUUACCUUGUCCCAAGUGUAGACUAUAGCGUCCCAAUUCAUGAGGUGCCUCUAGUUCUGAUUCAGCUGACGAGGUUCAAGUGUGGUGGCAUUAGCAUUGGAACAACAAUUUCACACGCUGUUGCGGAUGGACCAAGUGCCAUGCACUUCAUUACUGAGUGGGCAAGGCUUGCACGAGGUGAAGCUUUGCAAACGGUGCCGUUUCUUGAUCGAAAAGUGUUGCGUGCAGGCGAACCUCCUUUGGUGCCACCAUGUCAUGAUCAUGAUCAUGAUCAUGAUCAUUCGGAGUUCAAUCUCCCUCCUCUGUUGCUCGGUCAAUCUGAGAAUACAGAGGAAAGGAAGGAAAAAACCACUGUUGCUAUCAUCAAACUGAGCAAAACUCAAGUUGAGAUAUUGAAAAAAACAGCAAAUGAGAGUUGGCAUAGACCUAGCAAUGACCGUGGUUUUACCCGGUAUGAGACGGUAACCGGUCACGUAUGGAGAAGUGCAUGCAAGGCUAGGGGGCAUAAACAGGACCAACCAACGGCAUUAGGUGUUUGUGUUGACUCAAGGUGUCGCAUGCAACCUCCUUUGCCAAAAGGGUACUUUGGGAAUGCUACUUUGGAUGUGGUUGCUACUAGUCUUGCGGGUGAUUUGGUUUCAAAGCCAUUAGGGUAUGCGUCGAGUAGAAUAAGGGAAGCGAUUGAGAAGGUUAAUGAUGAGUAUGUGAGGUCAAGGAUUGAUUUCUUGAAGAACCAGGAGGAUUUGACUAGGUUUCAAGAUCUUCAUGCAAUAUUAGGGAGUGACAAGGGGCCUUUCUAUGGGAACCCAAAUCUGGGUGUGAUUAGUUGGUUGACUUUACCAAUCUAUGGGCUUGAUUUUGGGUGGGGGAAGGAGGUUUAUAUGGGUCCAGGAACACAUGAGUCUGAUGGAGAUUCUUUGCUUCUUCCUGGUCCUGAUGGGGAUGGAUCUUUGCUUGUUGCUAUUUGUCUCCAAGUGGUCCAUAUGGAUGCGUUUACGAAGCAUUUCUAUGAAGACAUUAUGGGAGUAUGA